AUGGUGAGGCAGAAUGCUGAUGGAUGGGCCAACAGGAGGAGAAAUUUCAAGUAUUUCGAUCAUGGUUUGUACCCCUUCUACAAGACAGGAAAUGCAGGAGACUUUUCUGAGGUUGGUUCAGGGGAGCAGAACAGUUAUGCAGUACGAGGCAGAGUUUACUACUUUGGCCAGAUAUGCUCCGUAGUUGUCAGUGGGACACCUGUGUACCAAACUUGUGGACGAAGACAUUUUGGCCAGCGUUACAGGGUAACUGGUCAAUGUUUUAGAUGUGGUCAGCCAGGACAUCAGAUUGCAGAGUGUCCACAAGCUGGAUUUGAUAGACGACAUGAGUCUAGAUCUGAGAGUUUUGCUAGAUCAGCAGGAAGACUGAGGAUAGUUCCUCCACGCACUAUUUUUGAAGGUUCAUCUGGUAGAGCUGGUGGUUCGGGUUCUAUAGCUAGGAGACCACCUAGUAGUGAUCAGAGGGAGUCUGGUAGUUCCGUAGCUCCAGCUCCAGUUCAGUCACGUGUAUAUAGUUUGAAUCAGCAAGAGGCUCGAGAUGCUCCGGAUGUGGUGACAGGUAUGGUUUACAUUUCUGAAUAUCCUUGUCGUGUUUUGUUUGAUUCUGGAGCGAGUCACUCAUUUAUUUCCGAGCGCUGUUUUGAUGCUUUGCAUUUGGAUUUUGUUAUGCUACCGGUUUCUCUUUCUGUUCUUUUACCGAUUGGGAAUAAUUUGAUUGUUCAGAAGUUUUGUUUCUAUGAGAUUAAAAUUUCUGGCAAGAAGUGGAAAUCAUGUUUGAUCUUGUUGCUGAUUUCUUCGUAUGACGUGAUUUUGGGUAUGGAUUAG